ACAGCAGCAACCCUCGCAAACAGGUUCUUCUCUUCCUUCGUCAGUUGCAGCCGCGCCUGCGCCCGCACACACAGGUUCUUCUCUUCCUUCGGCCGCCGCAGCCGCGCCUGCGCCCGCACACACAGGUUCUCCCUCUUCCUUCUUUCUUCCUCCCAUUUCUUUCCUUUCUCCUCCUUUCCUCCUUUCUUCUUCUUCCUCUUCUUCUUCUGCUGGUUUGAGAAAAUCUAAACCGAAACCAAACCGUUUUCGAUCGUCUUCGAAAGUCAUCGUCUUCGAUCGUUUUCUCAUUUCUUCUAGGGUUUGCUUUGCGAUUCAUCGGUAGAACUCUUCACUCUUGGAUUGUUAUUCGCGAGACGACCGUGAAAAAGAAAACAACAUAGUUCUUCACUUGUAUCUGAUCGGAGUUUAUUGCGCACAUCGAACACGUUUAAUUGGAAGAACUGAAUGACAUAAUGGAAUUAAAGGGAGGGAAGAACAAGUCUAGUAGUAAAAACUUAUCAUAUGAAGCUCCUCUCGAAUACACAAUCGAAUAUGUUCGCCCGAACGGAGGAAUCAAGAAGUUCCGAUCUGCUCCAUACUCCAACUGUGCUCGGAAGCCAUCCUGAUAUUCGUCAAGCUCUGUGAUCAUAACCAGUUCUUCAGCUUUCAAACUCUGCUUUUGUAUUAUUUCCUCGCGCCUUUUCCUACUGAAUCAAAAUGGCUAUGGUGCCCUCGGCAAUCGGUUUUGAAGGUUAUGAGAAAAGACUUGAGAUAUCGUUUUUCAAUCCUGGAAUAUUUGCUGAUCCUGAGAACCGUGGCCUCCGAGCUCUUUCUAAAGCGCAGUUGGAUGAAAUUCUGGCGCCAGCAGAAUGCACGAUUGUCGCAUCAUUAUGCAACGAUGAAGUUGACUCCUAUGUGCUGUCGGACUCUAGCCUUUUCGUGUACCCGUACAGGAUGAUCCUCAAAACUUGUGGGACUACUAAAUUACUGCUCUCGAUCCUGCCCGUCGUUAAUCUCGCUGGAACGAUCGGGCUCAUGGUGUGCUCUGUCAAAUACACUCACGGAUGCUUUAUGUUCCCGGGCGCUCAGUCGUAUCCACAUCGAAGCUUUUCUGACGAAGUCGCUGUUCUCGAUCGCCAUUUCGCCAAACUUGGCCUCAUCAGCGAAGUUCACGUGAUGUGCGGCGACGACAGGCGUAAUAAAUGGCACGUCUACUCCGCCUGUGCUAAAUCGGAUAGCGUCGAGUCGCGUGUUUACACGUUGGAAAUGUGCAUGAUGCAUUUGGAUAAGAAUAAGGCAUCGGUGUUCUUCAAGAAUCGCUCGAGCUCCGCAAAUUACGGUAUUCAUACUAAAUACAUUGUGUUUUUGGUCUAUUAAUAGUGUUUAAAUUUGAAAAUUUUAUAUGAUUUCAACUAGUUCUUGUAUCUUUGAGAAGAUAUAUUAAUUGAAUCAUUAAAUUUAUUGAUUA